AUGAAGUCAUUUGCCAUUUUAUCGCUCUUCGUCUUCUUCGGCCUCGUCGCUGCUUGGUCCAAAGAAGACUAUGAGAUUUUUGGGCUCCAAAAUGAUGUGGCCACAAAUGAAGGUGCCAAUGUGACUUUCUACGACCUCCUCGAGAUCCGUCCCAAUGCCAACCAGGAACAAAUCACCAAGGCCUACCGCAAGAAGUCGAGAACCAUCCACCCGGACAAGGUCAAGCGCGCCUUCAUUGCCAACUACGCCAAGGACAAGAGCAAGGCCAAGUCCAACAAGGGGGUCAAUGUCAACAAGGGACCUACUCAGCGCGAGAUUGACGCCGCAGUCAAGAACGCCGAUGCCCGCUCUGCCCGUCUGAACCUCGUCGCCAACGUCCUGCGUGGCCCCAACCGCCAGCGUUACGACCACUUCCUCAAGAAUGGCUUCCCCCUGUGGAAGGGUACCGGAUACUACUACUCGCGCUUCCGUCCCGGUCUGGGCUCCGUGCUAGUGGGUCUGUUCCUAGUUUUCGGUGGUGGUGCUCACUACGCCGCGCUGGUCCUUAGCUGGAAGCGCCAGCGCGAGUUUGUGGAUCGCUACAUUCGCCAGGCCCGCAGAGCCGCCUGGGGCGAUGAAAUGGCUGUUCCUGGAAUCGACUCGAAGCGCAUGAUGGAUAAGGAGAACAAGAAGGACAAGAAGGGAGGUGGUGCCCGUGUGACCGCUCGUGCUUCCUCUGGUACCUCUACCCCUACCGAGCAGGUUGCUAGCACUGGCGAGCGCAAGCGUGUCGUUGCUGAGAAUGGAAAGACCCUGAUUGUCGAUUCUAUUGGCAAUGUGUUCUUGGAAGAGCAGAACGAGGCUGGCGAGCGCCAGGAGUUCCUGCUCGACAUUGAUCAGAUUGAACGCCCCUCUAUCCGUCAGACAAUGGUGUUCAGGCUUCCCAUCUGGUGCUUCAACAAGACUGUUGGUCGCGUGUUGGGAUCUUCCGCUGAGGAGGAAGUGGAUUCUGAUGAGGCUGAGGAGCUGGUUGAGGAAGCCGAGACCACUGCUACCUCGAACUCCCGCUCUCGGAAGCGUAACAAGCGCUCCCAGCGAUCAUAG